CUAUACUUCGUGCAAUAGAAAAGAUAUUUUCCUAUUCUUUUAUCUUUACCGUGUUAUUUCUUCUUUCUUUUCUAGGUUUAGAAUUGGGUUUGGGGAUCUCAUCUCACUAGUGCUCUGGAGUCUGGUGGUUCUUUCUAGCAGUAGCAGCAUCGUCAUCGACCACCCACGCGCAAGCCAAUGCUCAGCCUCAUCACUAUCAGGUUACAAUGAGCCAACAUUCAGUGCCUAAACAGGGAAGAAUAGAUUCAUUUUACUUACCAUCGAAACGCGUUUCUUCUUCUUCAUCAAAUGUUGAUAAUUCUGUACCUAUUGAAGUUGUGUCUGAUGCUCGUAGGGUUCACAGUGAACAUAUUAAUACUGAAGGAGUACAAAAUGUAGAGGAUAAUGAAGCUAAUGUUGCAAGAGUUGAACAACAAGAAACCGAUCCUUUUCAAAGAAUGGAACAUGGAGAUACUGGGGUUCAACGGAUUAAUUUGCAACAACCUGGUUCUGAUAAGGUUGAUGUUUUUAACUUGCAACGUGACCCAGGAUUAAGAACCCCAAUACUGGAGUAUCCCUUACAUUACCGUGAUGACGUUCGAAGAGCUUACUUGAAUAUGGGGGCUUAUCAUCCGAAACUUCGAUAUCCUAAAACUUGGGAUGGAUGUUCACAGAACCGUGGGUUCAAUUAUAAGCAUUUUAAGAAGUUUCCAUGGUUGGGAGUAUUCACCUACAAAGGAUGCUGUCUUUUGUUUCCAGUGUUAUCUUUUUGACACAAAUUCAGCAACACAUGAUGUUUUUACUGCAGUUGGGUUUAAAAUUUGGAAAGAGUUUGUUGUGGUGAUGGUUGUUCAUAUAUAGGGCAUGAGGGUAAGUCGAAAUCCCCACAUUCUACUGCAAUGGGGCGUGCUGAUGACUUAAUGAAUCAACGUCAGCAUCUAAUAACAUUGUUUGAGAAACAAUCCGUAGAAAUUGUGGCGAAAAACAGGCGGCGUCUCAUUGUAUCAAUCUGGUGUAUUCAGUGGCUGGCAUUCCAAGGAUGUCCCUUUAGAGGAAACAAUGAAUCGAAAAACUCUAAAAAUCGUGGUAAUUUUCUAGAACUUGUGAAUUUUUCGGCAAAGCUUAAUAAUGAUAUUUCUGAAGUCGUUUUAGAUAAUGCACAAGGAAAUGCCAAGUAUAUCUCUCCUGCGAUUCAAAAAGAAAUACUGAAUAUUUUUGCUGUUAAAGUUAGAGAGAAAAUUCGCAAAGAUAUUGGAAAUGCCAAGUUCUGCAUUCUUGUUGAUGAAUCAAAGGAUAAUUCAGGUAUAGAACAAAUGGCAACUGUUGUGAGGUAUGUUGACAAGGAAGGGAAUGUGCAAGAACAUUUCUUUGAUGUACAACGUGUUGAUAAUGUGUGUUCUCUAACUCUGAAAAAUGGAAUUAUGAAUGUUUUUACUCGCUUCGACCUCCAAGUUCAGAAUUUGCAUGGUCAAGGAUAUGAUGGUGCUAACAACAUCCGGGGUGCAAUGAAUGGAUUGCAAGCAUUAUUUCUCAAAGACUGCCCAUAUGCAUAUUAUGUACAUUGCUUCGCACAUCGGCUCCAAUUGGCUCUAGAAAAAACAGCUAAAAAUAAUGGGAAUGUUUGGAGCUUCUACUUUAUGUUAAAUUCUAUUAUUACCCUAGUCACUGCUUCAUCCAGGCGCACAAGUGAUUUUCAAUCCGCCCAAGAGGAAGACACGCCAACAAAAAUACAAAAUGGUGAUUUAGAGACGGGCAAAGGAGCUAACCAGGUUGGUACCUUACGACGAGCUUCAGAUACUCGUUGGAGUUCUCAUUAUAAUUCUGCUUGCAGCUUGAUACGUUUGUUUGAUCCUACUUGUAUGCUAAUAAGAAAGCUUGGAACUUGUGAAUCUGUUGAAUUAUUUUGUGAGAAGCAUGAUAUUCAUAUGCCAGAUAUGAAAGCUCGACAUCUUAUUGGUACUGGUCGUUCGUGUCAACAAGUUGAUAACAUUACAGAAGAACAUCAUCACCGUGUUAAUAUAUUUAAUGCGGCCAUAGGUGUUCAAUUGGUUGAGUUAAAGAUUAGGUUUCCUGAAGACACAAUGGAACUUCUUAUUCUUAGUGCCGCUUUGGAUCCUAGAGAUUCAUUUAGGCGUUUCAAAAUAGAAGAUAUUUGCAUGCUCACUGAAAAGUUCUAUCCAGCAGACUUUAGUAAUCAAGAUAUACAUAUAUUGAGAAUCAGUUGGAGCAUUAUGAAGCUUUCUCAUUCAUCUUUUUAAGGAUUGUCUACUAUUGCUGAACUCUGUCGGCGAAUGUUUGAAACAGGUAAGUCAGUUGUUUAUUGUGAGAUUGAUAAGAUUAUACGCCUAGUAUUGACA